AUGUCUGACCAGGACGUGCCUACAUCUGUGACAAGCGGCGAGAAGCCUGCCUUUAACUCUGCUGAUGCAGACACCAAGGUCGUGGCUGGCCCUCAGUUUGCUGCUACGUUUCAAGAGGAAGACUUCUGGACUAGGAACGGCCUCAAUGGCAAGUCGUUUCAAAAACGACACUAUGGAAGAGGCAUUGUUGAACUAGAUCGGGCUAUGAAAACCCGCCAUUUACACAUGAUUGCUAUUGGCGGUUCCAUUGGUGCUGGUUUCUUUGUUGGCUCUGGUGGUGCACUGGCCAAAGGUGGUCCCGCUUCUAUUCUGCUCUGCUUCUCUAUUGUCGGCUUCAUGGUCUUUAACGUUGUCUUUGCACUUGGUGAACUGGCUGUCAUGUAUCCCAUCUCUGGUGGCUUUUACACAUAUGCUACUCGAUUCAUCGACCCUUCAUUUGGUUUUGCAGUUGGUUGGAACUACCUCUUCCUCUGGUCCGUCGUCCUACCUCUCGAACUCACAGUCUGCGGUCUCGUCAUAGAGUAUUGGGAUGAUAAAACUAGCGUGGCUGUAUGGAUUACCAUCUUCCUUGUCGCCGUCAUCAUCAUCAACGUCUUUGGCAGCAUUGGUUUCGCCGAGGAAGAAUUCUGGGCGUCAUCUAUAAAGCUAAUUUCUGUUGUUAUCUUCAUGAUAAUAUCGCUCGUCCUGGUUCUCGGUGGUGGCCCCAAAGACGGCAGAUAUAACGAAUACUGGGGUGCCAGAUAUUGGUAUGAUCCAGGGGCCUUUAGGAACGGUUUCCGAGGCUUCUGUGCUGUUUUUGUUACAGCUGCCUUCUCUUUUACGGGCACUGAACUAGUUGGUCUUGCUGCAGCAGAGACAGCCAACCCGGUCAAAUCGGUUCCCGGCGCAAUUAAGCAAGUAUUUUGGCGAGUUGUGGUGUUUUACGUCUUGGGCUUGUUUUUUAUUGGCGUGCUUAUUCCGUCUGAUGAUCCGCGUCUUCUUUCCAGUGCUGCCUACACUGAUGUCAAAGCCUCUCCCUGGGUUCUAAUUGGGUAUUAUGCCGGACUCCAUGGACUGGAUCAUUUCAUGAAUGCCAUCAUUUUGAUCUCGGUGCUCUCUAUUGGCGUGUCUGCCGUGUUUGGAGGUUCUCGCACGCUCACAGCCCUUGCUCAGCAGGGAUACGCUCCCAAACUGUUCACCUACAUUGAUAGAUCCGGACGACCUUUGCCAUCUGUCAUUGCUCUCAUUUUGACAGGUCCUCUGGCGUACGUCAAUCUAAGUGCAUCUGGGCCAACCGUUUUUGACUGGCUUCAAGCCAUCUCGGGCUUGGCUGUAUUGUUCGCGUGGGGUGCCAUCUGUCUCUCGCACAUCCGCUUCCGAUCUGCCUGGAAACAUCAUGGGCACUCGGUAGAGGAAAUCCCAUUCCGAGCUGUGUUUGGAGUGUGGGGAUCGUGGAUUGGAUUGAUUUUGUGUGUUGUAGUUCUCGCGGCUCAGUUCUUCACGGCCAUCGCACCUCCUGGCAAGGACGGUGUUAAUAACGCCGAAGGCUUUUUCAAGUCCUAUUUGGCAUUCCCCAUCUUGAUUGCAUUUUGGGUCGGAGGCUUUGCCUGGAAGCGAACUGGCUGGCUUCGUUUGGAUCAGAUUGAUGUUGACACGGGCAGGCGUGAACUCGACUGGGAGGCGAUCCAUGCCUACCAAGCUCAGAUCAAGAGCUGGCCAACAUGGCGCCGGAUUUUGCACAAAUUCUUUUGA